AUGUCGGCCGUACUUUUCCUGAAAAAGUCGGUGAGCAGACUUCCACCGAGUGUCGCUCGGCAGGUGGUCGGCUGCUGUUAUCACACAGAGAGAGGAGUUUACGGUUACCGACCCAAACAGACCGAGGACCAGCACCAGUUACAGAGAGACCGAAGAGCAGCGCUCAACCAAGAUCAUGGUCUGGCCCGUCUGGUGGAGGCAUACAGAGCACAUGGACACAAGGCUGCUAAAAUCAACCCCUUACUGCCCGAACAGCCUGUUGUUGACAGCGUCCCGGAGAUAGACACGCUGGCUGGCACCAUCACAGGACUACUCAACACCUCAGGUCUUCCACAUUUUGGCAAAGCGGAGGCUUCAGUGGAAGAGGUUCAGGCCUACCUGGAAGGAGCCUACUGUGGCCACCUGUCAGUGGAGACCAGCCAGCUGAGCAGCAUGGAGGAGAGGGAGUGGUUCGCCAACCGCUUUGAGGAACUCAAGAAGAAGAGUUUCUCCACCGAGGAGAGGAGGCAGAUGGCCAAGAUCAUGCUGGAGUCUCAGGAAUUUGACCACUUUCUGGCCACAAAGUUUGCAACUGUGAAACGUUAUGGAGGAGAAGGAGCAGAGAGCAUGAUGGGGUUCUUCUACGAGCUCUUCCACCAUUCGGCCCACAGCGGCGUCACCGACAUUGUCAUCGGCAUGCCGCACAGAGGCCGACUCAACCUCCUGACAGGCCUGCUGAAGUUCCCACCAGAGCUCAUGUUCCGUAAGAUGCGCGGCCUCAGCGAGUUCCCCGAGAAUUCGCCCGCCAUCGGUGACGUCCUCUCCCACCUCACCUCCUCAGUGGAGUUGGAUUUCGGCGCUGCACACCCUAUUCAUGUGACCAUGCUGCCCAACCCGUCUCACCUGGAGGCCAUCAACCCCGUGGCUCAGGGCAAAACCAGAGCCAGGCAGCAGCUCAGGCACGAAGGAGACUAUUCACCCGAAGAGAACGCCCAGCCGGGGGACCAAGUCACCUGUCUGCAGGUCCAUGGUGAUGGCUCUUUCCCUGGCCAAGGGAUCGUUCCAGAAACUUUGACCCUUUCAAACCUCCCUCACUACAGAGUCGGUGGGAGCAUCCACCUCAUUGUGAACAACCAAGUGGGUUACACCACUCCAUCCGAGAGAGGGAGAUCCUCUAUGUACUGUAGUGAUGUCGGUAAGAUGGUGAACUGUGCUGUGAUCCACGUAAACGGCGAUGAUGCGGAGGAGGUGCUGCGGGCCACUCGGCUGGCUGUGGAGUACCAGCGGCUUUUCAGGAAAGACGUCAUCCUGGACCUCAUCUGCUACCGUCAGUGGGGCCACAACGAGAUGGAUGAGCCUUUCUUCACCAACCCGGCCAUGUACAAGAUCAUUCGAUCCCGUAAGAGCGUCCCUGACUCCUACUCAGACCAGCUGAUCUCUGAGGGUCUGAUGACCGCCGUCGAGCGCGAUGAGAUCAAGACCAAACACUACGCCAUGCUCAACGACAAGCUGUCUAACAUGACCCUGUACAGCCCUCCACCCACCAACCUGCAGGGCCGCUGGGGGGAUCUGGUCGAACCCCAGGCCAGAGUUACCACCUGGGACACGGGCGUCCCCGUUCCCCUGAUGCAGUUUGUGGGAGCCAAAUCAGUGGACAUCCCUGAGGAAAUACAGCUGCACAGCCACCUCAGGAAAACCCAUGCACAGGCUCGGUUGACCAAGUUGGAAGAAGGGACCAAACUGGACUGGUCCACGGCGGAGGCCUUGGCUUUUGGCUCUCUCCUCUCCCAAGGCUUUAAUAUUCGAAUCAGCGGACAGGACGUUGGAAGAGGCACGUUCAGUCAGCGACACGCCAUGGUGGUGUGUCAAGACACUAACGAUAUGUACAUCCCUCUGAACCACAUCAGCCCUCAGCAGACCGGUUUCAUGGAGGUGUGUAACAGCCCGCUGUCUGAGGAGGCGGUGCUCGGGUUUGAAUACGGUAUGAGCAUCGCACAGCCAAAGCUCCUUCCCAUUUGGGAGGCUCAGUUUGGAGAUUUCUUCAACGGAGCGCAGAUCAUCUUUGAUACCUUCCUCACCGGAGGUGAGGCCAAGUGGCUGCUACAGAGUGGGCUGGUGAUCCUGCUGCCUCACGGCUACGAUGGAGCCGGACCUGAACACUCAUCCUGCCGUAUGGAGCGCUUCCUGCAGAUGUGUGACAGUAAAGAAGAGGGCGUGGACGGCGACACUAUGAACAUGGCCGUGGUCAACCCCACGACGUCGGCUCAGUACUUCCACCUGCUGAGGAGGCAGAUGAUCCGUAACUUCCGCAAACCUCUCAUUGUGGUCGGACCCAAGAUGCUGCUCAGAUUUUCUGGGGCAGCGUCCAGUCUGGCUGAACUGGGACCAGGAACAUCUUUCAGACCGGUGUUGGGUGAUACAUCAGUCUCCGCAGAAAGUGUCCAGAAGGUGGUGCUGUGCUCAGGGAAACAUUACUACGCCCUCCUGAAACAGAGGGAGACGUCGGCAGCCAACCAGAACACAGCACUCGUCCGUGUGGAGGAGUUGUGUCCGUUCCCACUGGACGCUCUGCAGCAGGAGCUCAACAAAUACUCCAACGCCAAAGAGUUUAUUUGGAGUCAGGAGGAGCCACAGAACAUGGGUCCCUGGUCUUUUGUAGCUCCCAGGUUUGAGAAGCAGCUGGCCUGUAAGCUCCGGUUAGUGAGCCGACCUGCUCUGCCCGCCCCCGCUGUCGGUAUCGGGAUGCUCCAUCACCAGCAGCAAGAGGCCAUCCUCACCGCUACCUUCUCCUAAGCCUCAACAAGACUGGGAACCAGAAUAGCCACUACAUAAGCAUCAGUACUAGACUACAUACUGGUAUCUGCUGUGGUCCUCCAAACCAUCGUCGCUAAAUGUGCACGGCAGAUAUACGGGACCUUUUUAGACGAUGUGCGAUUUAAAAGUUAAAUUGGUUAAUAUAUAGAAAAAAUCAAAGAAAGUGUCGGAGAACAGUAUUUGAAAUUUUUUUAACUCUCAUAGUCAAACAGGUUUUUAACUAUUAUGUUAAUGGUUUGAAUGAAAUUCUUGUCUGCUUGUUUCUAAAGUUUUUACCCCUUUCCCUUAUUUACUAUGCCUGUAUGUGUUCAGUGACGAGGCACUAUGGUUAGAAAAAAGACAACUGCUAAUGUGGUUCGGAUCCGAAACGAGGCCUUAGAGACCAUGUUUACGAUGUGUCUGUUAGCUGACCAUCGUAGCUGCAGCACUGGGAUUGUAUCUUACCUGUGUCAAAUCGAUACAAGCUCUUUUAAAUGUCGCUUUUAAAUGUGAAACUAUGGCUGCGAAUAGUCAAACAAUUACGUCGUAAUGUCUUUU